AUGCGGGUCGGCAACGUUUGGAUUGUUCCGCUCUGGUCAUGGCACCAUCAGAGCUUCGACACCGAGCCUGACAUUCCGAACCUCCGACUACCAUCACUGCGAAAGGUGGGCGACCCAUUCGACGCGCACCUCUCCUUCCCCUUCCCCCUGCUCCCCUCCCCCCUGCUCCCCUUCCCCCUGCUCCCCUUCCCCUACUCCUCUUCCCCCUGUUCCGCUUCCCCUGCUCCUCUCCCCCCUGCUCCCCUCUCUUCAUUCCAGCGCCGUGCAGAGGGUAGUGGUGCGUAUGGUAGUGGUGCGGAUGGUAGUGGUGCGGAGGGGAGUGGUGCGGAGGGGAGUGGUGCAGAGGGGAGUGCAGAGGGCGUUCAGAUCAUUUCCUUCUCUCACUUCCUUCCCAGGAUUGAUCUGCUUCCCGAGAAGCGCAUGCUGCUGUAUCCGAAUCUCGCCAAGAUGGCAGGCUCCCAUCGGCUGGAGGCGCGUGUGCGCGCCGUGCACGGGCCACGUGGCAGCCCCACAGCAUGCCACGUGUUUGGACACACGCACUUCCACUGGGACUCGUGGGUCGAUGGCAUCAGAUACUUGCAGGCCCCUCUGUGCUACCCCCGGGAGAGAGAGCGAAGACGACAGGCUGCUAAAAGUAGCAGCAACGAAAGCAGCAGCAGCAGCAGUGCUAGUGUGAAGCAGAGCGCAGAUGAUCCCUGGCUGCCGUUUCUGCUGUACGAUUCGUCCACAGGCGGACUGAAGACGAGUUUGCUGCAGAGUCAUUGGUCCAAUUAUUAUCGGAUGAACCCGAGGCAACCGGAGGUGACUGAAUUGGCACCUUGGGUCGCAGCAAGAUAUGCAGGUAGAAUGCGGGUUGCUGGAGGAGGGGAGAUUGGCAGUUGA